AUGGCAUCCGUGCCCCCCAUCCACCUGGUCCUUGAUUGGGACGGCACCACAACCCACAAGGACACCCUGCACUUUCUGGGCAAGAUCUGCGCCGACCAUGCGGCCAAUGCCCCCGCCGCCACGACUUGGGAGGAAAUCGUAAAAGCUUACCUUGACGACUUUUCCGCCCAUGCCUCGUCGUACACGCCCGCGAAGAGCCAGCGCACGACCAUCGCCGAGGAGAAGGCAUGGCUCGCAAGCUUGGCCGCCGUCGAGUCCAGCAGCGUCAAGCGUGUCGAGGACUCUGGCCUGUUCAGGGGCGUGACUGCUGCGGCUGUCAAAGCCGGUGCCGCCCAAGCGAUCGACAGCGGCGAGAUCAUCCUUCGGGACGGGUGGUCGUCUUUGCUCGCCUACAGUCAGAAGACCACGAUUCUGAGUGUCAAUUGGAGCGCCACUUUCAUCCGGGAAUGCCUGCGCGCAGCGGCUGCAAACGACCCCGAUGCAAAGGCUGCGGUUGAGCGUGUGUCUAUUGCGGCAAACGAGAUCGCCGGUCUCCAGGACUCAAAUGGCUCUUCUGGCCUACUAAACGGCCGGACUGAGGUUUCAGGUGAAGAGGCGGGUGCUAUCCGGACCAGCGCAGAUAAGCGCGCUAACAUGCCUACUCCUGUCAAAUAUGGCGGUGAAGAGCUUGUUGUGUAUGUGGGUGACAGUGCCACCGACUUUGAGGCAUUGUUGGUUGCCGAUGUGGGAAUCUGCAUCCGUGAUGAGGAGCCCAGCAGCGGACAGAAGGAAUUGGCUGAAACAUUGGAGAGGGUAGGCGUGGAACAGCACAGGAUCAAGUUGUUGGCCGAAAUGCCACCAGCGGAUGACAGUGCUGUGAGUGUUUACUGGGCCAAGAACCUUCAGGAAGUUGCUCUCUCUUUGAGCUCGUACUCCUGA